AUGGGGUGGCCGGCCUUCUUCUCCUGCAGCCGGAUCCACGACGAGGCGGUCGCGCCCUUCUUCUCCCCCGGCCAGAUCCACGCCAUGGGGACCUCAGGAAGCUCCGCCGCCUCAUCCUUGAGGCCAAGCUCGCGCCCUGCCACCGGGGCGCCGACGACGCGCGCGCUGACUUCGACGAGGGCCUCACCGCCGCGCUCCCGUAGACCUCACCCGAACCGGCCGAUCUCCAGCACCAACUUCAUCACCGAAUGGAUUAAGAAUCCUGAUGGACUGGUUGGGUUUGGACUGUCACCGAGCCUAGAACUAUACGGCGACAAGCAGCAGCUGAUCCCCAUCUCCGUCGUAGAAACACCCCUUCGGGAGCUCUCCUGGGACCUCCUGGACGCAGCGUACAGCCCUGCGCUGCUCACCCAGCUGCUCGCAAAGUCCGAGGACCUCCUCAAGGGCAAUGCGGUGGCCGCCGAGGAUGACUACUACGGCAGCGGCAGCUACCGCACGAGCCCCGAUAAGUGCCGAGAGGAUGAGUCCGCCGCCGCCUACUGGGAGUCUGGGACACGCACAUGA